UGCGCUUUAAAACUGAAAGUAAAUGACUGCAAGCUGCGCUGAUGUUUUGGGGGAAAACCCGCCGGACCUUUAUUUAACAAACAGUUCUCAUUUUAACAAGCAAAGCAACGAUGUCUGAGAUUGCGACCAUAUACAAGAUAUCUAUCAUCGCAUUUACAUUGUUUUGUAGCGCUUCCGGUUCUGGAUGUCCGGUUCUGGAGUGCUGGUUUGUGCAGGAGAAGCCCGGUCAUGGAGGAGGUUUCUCAGUACCGAUGAGUCAAGAGAAAUCUCUAAUGUUCAUCAGAACUGAAGCCUACAGUGAAGAGACCAUGUCUGAACUUCAUCCUCCUGCAGACAUCAGCCCGUCCAGGAUUUACUAUGUGACUGAUCCAGCUGGGACGUUCUGUACUGCCGCCCUGAACCCUUCCAAAGGCUCUGUGAACAAACCAAAGUGUGAGAUUAACCCUUUCAUGCCUCACGCCUCCAUGGUCAGAUGGACAUCUGCUCUCACUGACUCCGCCCAAAGUCCAGUCUACCUGCAAGCUGAUUGGUUCUCAGUGGCAGCACAAGGGCUUGAUGAGCAGCUGACAUUGUCCAAUAUUAUGAGAGCACCUUCAGCUUCUAAAGAGCCAAAAGUCAUUCUCAGUGUGUCCAGUAAAACUCCUGUGGUCCGCUCUAGACUGGGAGAACAGGUUCUGUUAGACUGUGGGUUCUGGGUGGAUCCGUCUUCUCCAGUUCACGGCUCUGGAUUCUCUGUCGAGUGGCGUUAUCAGUUUCGGGGUGAAGGACGGCUGGUCCUCGCUUACGAUGGCAAGAACGAUCGGUUUGCAGAGACGUCAGAGACCGGAGCCGAUAUUGACAUCACAGGCCUCUAUGAAACAGGAAAUGCAUCCCUGAUUCUGGAAGAAUCUCAAGUGAGACACUCAGGAACUUACAUCUGCACAGUGUAUCUUCCACACCUGCUGGCUCAGGUAGCCGUGGACCUGGAGAUAGUUGAGCCUCCAUCUCUCUCCAUCUAUCCUUCUCCUCUUCCUCUGCUGGUUCCUGGGCAGGUGCUGCUGAUCCAGUGUGAGGCGUCUGGUUUUGCUCCUCACACUCUGGAUCUGGGCUGGGAGUUCACCGGGGCUGAUGGGAAGUCCCGCUCUCUGGGUCAGGGCGGUGUAACGGGUCACAGACAGGCGUCUGACGGCACCUUCAGUCAGAGCAGCCGUCUGGAGCUGGACUCGAGUAAAUUGGGGCUCGGCCGUGGUGGUGACAUCACCUGUGUGGCCAAACAUGACGGAGGAACACGACGAGCCACUGCUGCCCUCAAUGUGAUUGGUGUCAGCGCUCCUUCUAUUGAGGACUCUAUGGCGAUGGUCGCUGUUGCUCUGGUGCUUUACGGCAUGAUAAAGUUUCUUUCCUGGACAUUCAGCUCUUCUUACUCCAGUGACACUGAUAAGAAGGAGAAGUAAACCUGGAGCUGGAGCUGAUUUUUAAAGCUGAAUUGUGUGCAGAGAAACUUCUUUUGUAAAUAAUUAUUUCAGAAUAGUUUUAUGUUGUUUCAGUCUUCGCUUAACUAUUUCAGAUUGCUGUGUUUGGGUCAGUUACUCUCUGCAAGUUUUUUUUUUCUUUAUAUAUUAAAAUAUUGUUAAUUACAGUUGUACAAAUUCUGGAAAUAAAAAAAUGUAGAUUUGAUUUUA